UGUCGCGCAGUUUCACGUGUCACACAGCGCACACGUCGACGAACGUCGCGGAGCGGGGCAUCCCGGUUAACAUACGCGCGUCGUUGUAGACGUUCGAGGACGCUGGGCACGUUUGGACGUAUACGCAUACGUGUGUGCGCGCGCGAAGAACGAUUUGUCAAUUUGUCAGAAGCUCCUCUAAUCUGAAGGAAUUCGCCAAACGACGACGAUGGCACCGAAACAGAGAAUGCGCAUCGCCAACGAGAAGGCGACGAAGAAUAUCACGCUGCGCGGCAAUGUACCCAAAUCAUCGAAAUCGCAAGAGGGAUCUUCUGUUGGACCUUGGCUCUUAGCUCUAUUUCUCUUCUUAGUUUGUGGAUCUGCUGUGUUUCAAAUCAUCCAAAGCAUCAGAAUGGCUUGAAGAUGUUAAGGAAAAGAGAUGCUGCUGUUAAUCUUAA